GCAAGGAUUCCUUGAGCGUAUCACCUGGCAAUGGCGGGCGAAGGAGAUGUCAUGAUGUCUCCAGAGAGCCACUGCGAGACGAAGGACUCGGCGGAGCCGCAGGCGGAAGUGGAGGCAGAGGCGCUGCCAGGCGACGCCGAAAAGGCGGACGAGGACAAGAAGGAUGAGCCAAUGGGCCCCAGCAACGAAGAGCGGGUGGCAACGGCGGAGGCGGCCAAGGAAGCGGGCAACGCGCUGCUCAAGGCCGGGGACCCCGCCGGCGCCGCUCAGAGGUACGGUGAGGGCUUGGAGUUGACCGAGCCGCUACUGGAGAAGGAUCCAGGCGAAGUGGGCGAAGAUCUUCAGAAGAGAGGCACCGCAGUGUACGUGGCUUUGCGGCUGAACUCGGCCCAGGCGUGCAUCAAGCAGAGCUUGUGGCUGCCAGCCAUCGAGCACGCCAGCAAAGUCCUACUCCUGGAGAAGGAGAACACCAAGGCCUUGUACCGCCGGGGCCUGGCGGCCCUGCAGCUGGACACGGAGGGGCGGCUGGAGGAAGCCAAGGGUGAUCUCACCCGCCUCAUUCAGCUGGAGCCUGGCAACCGCGAGGCCAGAGAGAUGGUACAGAAGGCCAAAGAGCGAUUGAAGGACCUGAAGCAGCAAGAGAAAGAGAGGUUAAGCGCCGCCAUGAAGGGCGGGCUCUAUCAAGAGCAGCACAAGAAGCUUGGAAAGCUACAAGCAGCCUAUGAGGAGGAGGUUAAGAGACGGAAAGACGCUGGGGAGGAUGAGAUCUCAUUUGAGGACUUUGCCAAAAAGGCAAAAGAGAAGGAGGAGGAGCUAGAAAAGAAACAGAAGGAGGAGGCUCAAAAAAGGAGAGAGGAAGCGCAGUUGGAGGAGGAGAAGAGGCUGUUGCAGGAGGAGAACCAGCGCCGAAGCACGGAGGGCCUCGCGGAGCUGUCGCUGGAGGACUGGCGCUCUCAGCAGGCGAAGAAGGCGUCAGAGGCGAAGCGCCCUGAGGAGGUGGUCAAGAUGAACGAAGAUGAGCUGGACGAAGAGGACAAGAAGUUGCUCAAGGAGACCAAGGAAAAGGGCUACUAUCAUGGCCGGCUGGGCACUGUUUUGUCGGAUGCCGCGCCCAAGCCGCAGAUGGUCACGGAGACCAAAGAGGCGUCCCUGGCCAAAGCCGGCAGCGAGUGGAACCAGGCGGGCACCUGGGAGGAGAAGGACGCCUCGUCCUGGGCAAAGGAGCGGCUCACCGCCUGGCUGAGCGACGCCUGCGUGUCAAGCUCCAACGUGACCCUGCCAUCGGGUACCGGCGAGGUCACUGCCAAGGUCACGAAGGUGAAGUCUCUGAGCGGCGAGGCGCACAUCGUCUACGUUCGCAAGCAGCCGCGCCACGGUUUCAACUACGAAGCCGAGCUCAGCUUCUCGCUGAACCUCGGCGAGAGCAAAUUCAGCGGCUCCCUGUGUAUGCCGGAGCUUAUGGACGCAGUCGCUCCAGCAGAGCUGCGAGUGGAUGCUAGAUGGAAGGGCUCUGGCCCUUCCGAGACAUUUUUGCCCUUGGCCACCGAGUGGCUGGAAAGGCUCCAAGAAAGAGUCAGAAGCCAAGUGGCGGCCUUUCGGGACGAGUACCAAAAAAGAUACUAGGGAGCUCCAGAAGUGGCGCCUCCCGACGCUGCGCUCGACUCGCAGCGAAAAGACCAGAGACAGAUUGUGCAGC